ACAUGACGUCGGUGCAGAUAUGAAGGUCGAAUAUCAAAGAGGAGCCAGUUGCUGUCCCGCCCCACCCCCUCCCUUUUCCUCCGCGCCCUCCUCACUUCCCCUGUCCUCCCGCCCAUAUCAGCCCACGCGCACAGGGCCUUCCAACAACCAUGCCCUACGCCGUGCCCGCUGAGAGCUCGUCGUCGUCCACGACAACCACGACCACAGCCCCGGCGAGCCCCCGCCUCGGUGGCCACCGUCGCACCCGCUCUGCGGGCCAUUUCUCCGACGAGCGCGGCCCAGGCGCGUUCGUCUCCCUCGGCGCCCUCCCCCGCUCCCACAAACGCGCCGUCUUCCACAUCGACAUCAACAACGACGACGACGACGAUGACAACGCAGGCAGGGCCCCGUCCCUGCCCGUGACGCGCUCCUAUGCCUCCCCCCUCUCGCCGACCAACUCCCUCCGCCUCUCCAUGAACACCGGCAAGUUCAGCCCCACCGUCGAGCCCCCAGCGCGCAUCGAGAUACCCUCCGCUCGCGUCGAGUCCCUUGCGCCCGACUCCGUACCCUUCCCCACGUCUUCCCCCCUCUCGCCUACGGAUCUCCCGUCCCCGUUCAUCCCUACGCCUUCGUUCGGGCACUCGCGCGCUUCCUCCUCUGCGACGGGCUCGUUUUCACUGCCGCGCACGCCGAGCACGCCGAUCAUCCUCUCCAACGGCAAGCCCCUCAAGCCGUCGCUCAAAUCCUCCUCGUCCUCUCCGAAUAUCGCCGACCUUCCGCGCGCCGCAUCGAAGCACUUGCGCGCGCAGUCGGCGCCGAGCACGCCCGCGGGGCCCAAGAACGUCCACUUCGCCGAGAAGGACCUCGAGACGGUGCGCGUCUUCUCGCGCUCCGGCAAGCCCGCCAGCGUAUCCAAGCCAUCCGGCGACGACACCGAGACCGAAACAGAAGCGGAGGGCUCCAGCAUGGGCCCGAAUUCCUUCCCCUUCCCCUCCUUCCCUGCCAACGAGCAGCUCCACGAGAUGGACCCGAAUCCCUCGAGAACGAGCACCGUGCCAGCCCCGUGUCCGUCCCCGUACGCGAACGUGCACCUCGAGACCCUCACGCUGCCCCGCACGCGUCCCCCGACGCUCCGCGGCACGGUCAUCGUUCGGAACAUGCACUUCGAGAAGCGCGUCGCCGUGCGCUUCACCCUGGAUGACUGGCAGACCACGAGCGAGGUGACGUGUAGGCACGUCGUGAGCCUCCCGAGCUUGCCGCCGCCGUUCCCGCAGGAACACCGCACACUAGGUGAUUUAGCCGCGGGGAUCGCCAGUGGACAGGUGAAGGCCGAUGAGGAAAGGCCCGGCUGGGAUCGCUUCAGCUUUACGAUUCGGUUAGAGGAUUACGAGCACAAGCUUGCCGACCGUACGCUCUUCCUCGUUGCGCGCUACUCCCCGGGUGUCGGAGGCGAGUGGUGGGACAACAACAGCGGACAGAACUACAAGAUCGGUUUCAGACGCGCGUCCGCGUCGUCGCAUUCGCACAACUUUAGCAGCAUGGGCUUCGGUGCGAUCGGGUCAGGUAGCUUCGGGACGGCCAUCGCGCAGCAGCGGACGUUCAGUGCGCCAAGCACGCUUAGGACGACGCCGAUGACGGGUGAGCAGCGCGCGGCCGAUGCGGAGAGCUUGCCGCGCGCGCGAGCGAGGGUAUAUGCGCCGGGCAUGAUGCGGAGUGCGUCGAAUCCGUUCCCGCCACCGAGCCCGAGCUUCGACGCGCCGUCGUCGGCCCCAGCGAACGUGGAUCGGGAGAAGGGGAAGGAGAGCCCGACGAGCCCGGUCCAGGGCUACAUCGCGCGGAAGCUGAGUCUCAGCAACUACGUCGCGCCGGGGACGGAGAGCAUGGUGACGCCGCCGAUCACUCCGCCAGGGAGUGGGAGGAUGCGCAGCGCGAGCUUGCCGACCGACGCGGGCACGCAUGCGGAUGUGCCGGAGCAGGCGCCCGAAGAGAAGAACGAGGAGGAAGAGAAGGACGGUGAGCAGGCCGGUGAGAAGGAGGGUGGCGAGGAACGCACCUCGCUGCCGAAGCCUUCGUUCGCCAUCAUCGGCGGUCAGCCCGCCACCACCGCUUCUCCUGCUCCAGCGACCUCCCCGACCUCGACGUCUGCCGAAUUGACCAAACCCUCGCUUGCGCCGCUGAACUUCAGGCUAGGAACGAGCGAGCUUGGCGCGGAGAUGGGUGUCGGCGUCGAGGGUAACAGCGCCCAGCUGCUCAGCCCGCCGUCGUCGCCUGCGAGCAUCAUGUCGCCGCUUGCGCUCGGCCUGAGUGGCCUGGGCAGUGGUUCUUCGAACAGCUCCGGCUCGUCAACGCCUACGCACGGCAACUCACGCCCCAGCGGCUACUCGAGCCCAUCGGCGGCGUCGCCGCUCGACUCGUCGUAUGCGGCGCUCAUCCGACAGUGGUGCUUCACGGGCUCGCCGAGCGGGACCCCGAGUGCGGCUACGACGCCCAUGCCUAGCACGGCGGGGUUUGGCGUUAGCGGCGCGGGCGGCGCAGGAGGAUUUGGACGGGGAUACGGGGCGGGGUUUCCGGGGUUUGCGGUGGGAGGGAUGGCUGACGCGGGCCUGGUAGGA